CGCGUGUGAUAGCGCGCGUAAUUCAUAUUUCGAACAUUCGAACGCUCCGAAUGACAGUUCGAGAUAUUUUCGCUUUAAAAAUUGAAUAAAAACUUUUUGCUCAAACGGACGUGUGAUUAAUUUUAAAAAGUUUUUAAGUCUUUAAACAAUGGCUGCUAAAAUGUGGUUUGUUGUGUGUGCGGUUUUAAUAACUGUAAAAAUCGUUUUUGGAAAUGAUUGCUCUAGUAUAAUGAAACUAUCUUCUUGCGACGAGUGCAUCAGAUGCGGUGGUUACUGGUGUAAUGAUCCCACUAUUAAUACUCAUUGCGUCGAAACCCUAAAUGACGAUUGGUGUCCGAACCAAAAAGAGGAGUUGCUAGUGGUGAGAGAGCGCACGGAGCCCGGAGGCACCGACAAGCCCACAUACAGGGAGAGGACCGUCAGAGUAGGAGUGUCUAACGUUAUCAAUUAUAAAAAAAUUAAACCAGAGCCGAAAAUUGUGAACACAACACAGAACAAAGAAUUCUUUGUAACACCGAAAGAAUAUGUUGGGAAGAAUAAUAACUGGUACAUUGAAGCUUCACCUGGAGACCAGUUUUGUUCAGCAAAGAGUAAAACAUUAGAAGAAGUGUUCGUUGAGAUAAAUAUUGGAGCUGAUAAAGAAGUGAUUCAGUACCACGUGCCUUGUGCCUGCCAGUGCAGUGAACGUGCAGAAGUAUUUUCAAGGAAAUGCAGCAACAGAGGCACUUAUGCAUGCGGCGUCUGCUCUUGUCCAAGUGGAUGGUCUGGCAAAUUCUGUGAAAAGAAAGAAUGUCAAGGCAUUCGCGGCGACCUCCAGUGUACCAAUCCUGUUAAAAACGAUGUGGAAUGCUCAGGGAACGGAGUCUGCGGCCCUUGCGAAGUUUGCGAAUGCUACACCGACCGACCUGGCUCCAAAUACUUCGACAAAGAAAACUAUUGCGCCGAUAUUUGCAUGACCACAAACGAUUGCGACGAAUGUCUUAGCAACCCAGAGAAUGGAAACUGCCCCGACUGCCAUUUCCCUCUCAUCAAGAUGAGGUACAAUGAAACGCUGGUGAAGGAAAAGGAUAGCCAGAACAGAAACAUCUGGAUAACUUGCAACGGAACAGUUGACAACUGCCCCAUAGAAUAUGUCGCUAAGAAAGACGAUAAUGGCGACGUAUUUGUUAUGGUGAUCAAGUUGUGUGACGUGACCAACGAAGCUGCUGUUGCGGGUGGUACCAACGUGACGAUUCCUGUGGUACUGACCGUGUUGCUGGUGGCGGCUGCAGCAGCGGCGACUGCCGGUUACAUGAUCUGGAGGAGUCGGCCACCUGCAUUACCCCUCGCUGACACCCAGUACCAGAACAUCGGAGCUGAAGACUGCGUCGGCUCUAACCCACUUUACAUACCUCCCACGUCAUAUUAUAACAACCCUACAUACGGCAAAAACUAGUCAGAAUGAAAAAAUAAUGGGACCGAAGUUGAGAAAAC